CGCGUGUUCUACAAUUUUCGUUGGAGAGCGAAGCGUUGUAGUACGUUCUCGAAUUAACUCGUAUCUUUGAUAAUAGGUGGCGUUGGCGUCGCGGGCAUAUAAAUACGGAGUUUCAGCGGGAAGCUGGUAGUUGUUUACAAAGAAAGCGAAUUGUUUAAACAAUAAAAGAGUAUCAAGCAAGAACACAAAAAAUGUCGAUGAUUCCUUAUUUCUACGAUCUCGAAAGACCUUUCCGUAUGAUGGAGAGAGAUUUCUACAGACCGGAUAAUUUCUUUGGCUAUUCUCCAUUCAACCAGUUAAUGCCACGCGACUUCUUCGGCCCAUCGUUCUUCAAGCCUUGGGAGAACGUCUUCAGACCUUGGGAAAACCUAAUGAGGCCUAUGGAACAACUGACAUCGUCUAUGAAUCAGCUGGCACUGAAUGAAGUGAGCAAAAUAACUUCGGACGAUGAGAAAUUUCAAGUGAAUGUCGAUGUUCAACAUUUUGCACCCGAGGAGAUAAAUGUGAAAGUGGUUGAUGGACAAGUUCUGAUUGAAGGGAAGCAUGAAGAGAAGCAGGAUGACCAUGGAUUCGUGUCGCGACAGUUUAUAAGACGGUACGCUCUUCCAAAAGGUUGCUUGCCUGACACUGUGGAGUCAAAACUAUCGUCUGAUGGUGUCUUAACAGUCACUGCACCUAAAGUCCUGGCUUUACCUUCCACUGGGGAGAAGAUCGUGCCAAUCACACACACGGGACCUAUCAAGAAGCAAGUAGGUUCACCAGAUCUCACUAAGGAAGAGUCCUAAAUAUGUAAAUAUUGUAAAUAAUAAUUUACUUAAUAUUAUUUUUCUUGUAAGACUGAUUUGAAAUCUGUGCUAUAUUCGCCUAUUAUUGUUUUAUUUGUUAAUAAACUUACCACUUAUAUUUAAUUAAC